AUGCAAGUUGUACCAACAACACCACCAAGUCUUAAAAAACAAUUGGAAGCUGCCCAAGAAGCUAAUUCACAAUUGCAACAAGAAAAUGGAAACCUUCAGGCGCAAGUUCAAGCACAACAAAUACAAAUAACACAGCUUCAACAACAAAUAAAUGGACCUGCACAACAACCAGCACGAACAUCAGUUCGGCGUCGACGGUUCCUACGUCUUCCGUCAGAAAGUGAAGACUAA